AUGAGCGGCCGCGUCGAGUCCGGGCUUCCCAGCAAGCCCAAUGUCCGCGUGACGAUCAUCGCCGCCGAUGGCCUCUACAAGCGAGAUGUGUUUCGCUUCCCCGACCCCUUUGCCGUGGCGACCAUCAACGGCGAGCAGACCAAGACGACGACCGUGAGCAAGAGGACGCUAAAUCCGUACUGGAACGAGAGCUUUGACUUCCGGGCCAACGAAGGCAGCAUUCUAGCAGUCCAAGUUUUUGAUCAAAAGAAAUUCAAGAAGAAGGACCAAGGCUUCCUCGGCGUCAUCAACAUUCGAGUCGGCGACGUCAUGCCGGACCUUGGACCCGAUGCUGAGGAUCAGAUGCUCACGCGAGAUCUCAAGAAGUCGACGGACAACCUCGUCGUUCACGGAAAGCUCAUCAUUAACCUUUCCUGCAACUUGAGCACACCCGUUCGCGGAGGACCGGCACCGAGCAGCGGACCGUUGCUGUCGGCUCCUGGUUCGUCGAGCAUGUCUAACCUUGCGGCGCCGCUCGACAACAGAGCUGGGUCGUCGUCCAUGGCGGGGCCGAACGGAAUGGCCAACGGCAGCUCCGUCAACCUCGCCCACCAUCCCGCCAGCGCCAGCGCGACGCCCAUGCCUGGCGCCGCGUCCGAGGGCAACCUGCCACGCCCGACCAGCCAGCUCAGCCCGUUCGAGGAUAACCAGGGCCGUCUUCCGGGCGGCUGGGAGCGUCGGGAGGACAAUCUGGGACGAACCUACUACGUGGACCACAACACCCGCACCACGAGCUGGAACCGCCCGACCGCCGUCGGCGCCGCCGAGCAGCGAAGCGACAGGGAGGCGGCCACGCAGGUGGAGCGUCAGAGACACCAGAACCGCACCCUGCCCGAGGAUAGAACGGGCACGAGCUCGCCCAGCCCGCAGCAGCAGCAGCAGGGUGCCGUGCCUCCGGGUGGUAGCCCGACGGCCGCCAACAGCACUCUGGCCCCCAGCACCGGCUCCUCGAUGAUGCACACCGGAGCCACCAGUCCCGGUACGGGAGAGCUCCCGCCUGGCUGGGAGCAGCGAUGGACCCCCGAGGGCCGACCGUACUACGUCGAUCACAAUACGAGGACCACGACUUGGGUCGACCCGCGCCGCCAGCAGUACAUCCGCAUGUACGGCGGACAGAACAACGCCAACGGCCAGAUCCAGCAGCAGCCCGUUUCUCAGCUCGGACCUCUCCCUAGCGGCUGGGAGAUGCGGUUGACGAACACGGCUCGCGUCUACUUUGUCGACCACAACACGAAGACGACCACCUGGGAUGACCCACGCCUGCCCUCGUCUCUGGACCAGAACGUUCCUCAGUACAAGAGAGACUUCCGGCGCAAGUUGAUCUACUUCCGGUCGCAGCCGGCGAUGCGCAUUCUCAGCGGGCAAUGCCACAUCAAGGUCCGACGAUCGCACAUUUUCGAAGAUUCCUUUGCCGAAAUCACGCGGCAGUCGCCCGCGGAUUUGAAGAAGCGGUUGAUGAUCAAGUUUGACGGAGAGGACGGCCUCGACUACGGCGGCUUGUCCCGCGAGUUCUUCUUCCUCUUGUCGCACGAAAUGUUCAAUCCCUUUUACUGCCUCUUCGAAUACUCGGCCCACGACAACUACACGCUCCAGAUAAAUCCCCAUUCGGGCAUCAACCCCGAGCAUCUGAACUACUUCAAGUUCAUCGGACGAGUCGUCGGUCUCUCCAUCUUCCACCGCCGCUUCCUCGAUGCCUUCUUCAUCGGCGCCCUCUACAAGAUGGUACUGGGCAAGGCCGUGGCCCUGGCCGACAUGGAGGGUGUCGAUGCCGACUUCCACCGCUCGCUGCAGUGGAUGCUGGACAACGACAUUUCCGGCGGCAUUCUCGAGCAGACCUUCUCCACCGAAGACGAACGCUUCGGCGUGCUGACGACGGAGGACCUCAUCCCGAACGGCCGAAACAUUGACGUGACCAACGAGAACAAGAAGGAGUACGUGGACCUCAUGGUCAAGUGGCGCAUCGAGAAGCGCAUCGCCGAGCAGUUCCACGCCUUCAAGGAGGGGUUCCAGGAGCUCAUCCCCCAGGAUCUCAUCAACGUCUUCGACGAGCGUGAGCUGGAGCUCCUCAUAGGAGGCAUUGCCGAGAUUGACAUCGACGACUGGAAGAAGCACACCGACUAUCGCGGAUACACGGAAUCCGACGAAGUCAUCCAAAACUUUUGGACCACGGUCCGGUCCUGGGACGGCGAGCAAAAGUCUCGUCUCCUGCAGUUUACCACAGGCACCUCCCGGAUCCCCGUCAACGGCUUCAAGGAUCUCCAGGGCAGCGACGGCCCGCGACGGUUCACCAUCGAAAAGGCCGGCGAGAUUACCAAUCUUCCCAAGGCGCACACUUGUUUCAAUCGAAUAGACUUGCCCGCGUACAAGAACAUGGAGACAUUGCAGCAGAAGCUAACGAUAGCGGUGGAAGAAACGAUGGGCUUUGGCCAGGAAUGA